AUGGCUGUUUUCAAGUACCUUGAUCCUGGGGAGAGAGGUGAGAACAUUUCCGUCUGGCGAUCUUCCACUGACAUCACAUCUGAUUAUAGCAAGGACCAAACAGAUGAAUUAAAAACGAAAAAGGGGAGAGCUAGAUCUUGCCUUAACUAAAGAUUACAGGGCCACUUUUCUAGCUACUCAUAUUGGAGUGGUCGUUGACACGCCAUUUGAUUCAAAGGUAUAUCAUUCAAAUGGUUCGUUGGCUCACCAGUCGAUUCCAAGGUAUAUUAUUCAAAUAGCUCCAUGGCUCAUCGGCUUGCCAGUAGAUUCCUUGGUCUCACCACCAAGCGAAGUUUCCUUGACUGUUUUGAUCAUGCAGACAAGCAUGUAAGCUCUUGUAACUCCCAUAAAAAGCUAGCGUAAUACGUUUAGUUUUUAUAAACAUACGUUUCUGAGUCCCAUCCGAUGGUUUGAAAAACUUUCAGUGGUAGCAAUAAAAAAGCCAAUACUUUGUAUAAUACCCCAAUUGUGUCUCAUCUUCUCAGCCACUCCUUGAAGCAAAUGAUCGAUGCUUGGCUCAUAGCAAAGAUUUCCGUAUUGCCACUACUUAAUUACGCUAACAAUAUCCUCUUUAAUAUCCUUCAUAAAGCACGGAUAGAGCAAGACUCAACGACAAGUGACAUACAGCUGCUAUGCAAACUAUGGAGUGGAGAAUCCACAUCCUACCAUUUAGCGACAGAGGCUACACAAGAAAAUGAUUCCUACACCGCGUUCUCCGUACUAGGGAAGGAUCCAAAAUGAAGCGAUUCUUAUUUUUAGAAUGGACAAAGACCAUGGUUUUCUAGAUCACUUCUUAAUUACUGUUCUAAACGCGCAGAAGCGGUCACUGGGACAAGAAGAAGGAACCCAUUAUCUCGCAGACCUUCCCCUACAAGAUUUCGUGUCACUCUUCACAGCAAUCUACACUGCCCACAAGAACGUCACCAGAUCUUAUACAUUGGAUCCUGCCACCGCACAGCUACAUAAGUGCCUUAAAACCAAUCAUGUGAACGAGGUCAAUAUUGCAAUCUAAAACGGAAAAGUACCACCAAAAUCUAAUUAAGCUAAGCUCUUUUAAAGGUAAUCAUGAAUCUAGUUGAUGCCAACAUUAACAUUCACCAUUUUUUUCUUACCCAACUAGCAAGUGACUUAUUUCCAUGAAACAUGUUCUUAGAAGCAGCCAUUGGUGCAACCUCUCUGAAAUCAACCACUGUUGCUACUUCUCUGUUUUGUUCAGGAACUACUAUCAGCAUGAAACCACCACUGCGAGUGAUAAAUCAAUGCAGUUACAAUAUUUAGACAAUAUUGUAGUUACACACUGACAGAAAAUACAAUCAAACUAUGUGAGUAUACACAGUGUCACAUCAAUUGAUGUCAUUAUAUUCUAAUGGUAGUCAAAUAAGAAGGUCACGCUGGAUGUAUUCAAAUAAAAAACAACACAGACAUCACUACUGCGGAAUUGGGUACUGUGAUGAACAAUGAACAUUUAAACAAAGAGAACUUGAUUACAUAAUUAAGCUUAGUUUUGUUUUGAUUUAAAUAACAUACGUUUCUGUUCUGUUUCAUUCAUCGAGUUUUUUACGCCCCGUUUUCAUGUAAUAUUGUUCACAGUUUGAAUCAAUUACGUAGCUAGCCAUUCCUGUUUUUUAACAGGUUUCACAACUGUACACAUGAAUUGUACCCUUAUCAGAGAACGCCCCUUAAGUUUUUGUGGAGUUGGAGUUAGGAGAUCUACGGAGCAACAUUGGAGUUUUCAGAGCAGUUUUAUCUUUUUCGGAGUUACGUAAAGUUGGAGUUUCUUUGGCCCUUUAGACAGGAUCAGACGUAAGUUUUAGCUUAUUGUAUUUAGUUUUCAUUUUCCUUUCAAUUUUGCUUCUUUUGUAAUUAUUCUUAGCCCCUUUUUUGAUCUUGUACAUUAUAAUUUCCCCUUUUAGUUUUCACCGCAUGUGUACAAUAAUUCAGACGAGUUGGUGCUCAAAUUAAAUGCUGUCGAGUCGACUUGUGCUGUUGAAUUCUAUACUGUGGUUGACACUUCCCGAUCUCCAGCGCACAACAUCCCAUGUCUGCUGCACUGA